GUGACUUCACAAUCUAUGUAUAGAAUGCCGAUAAGGUGGUUUUAACAUAGGUUAUCGACAAAUGUUCGCUAGUGUUACAGUACGGUUUAAUAAACCCCACGCACAUGUAUGAGUAUUUUAAAAUAUUUUGGACUUUGGACACUCAUUGGCUAAGAUGGCAGAAAAAGGAUCAGAUUUAACAUACGAUGUUUGCUGCAAUGUUUGUUCAGAAGAGAGUGUAAGCAGGGAAGCUUUGUUUUAUUGUCAACAAUGUUCUAAAGGCUUCUGUGACGACUGCAUCGGCUUACAUAAAUAGCUCUAUAAAAGACACGUUACUCAUGGGAGGGAAGAAUCGAAUUUGUGGCCUACUUCAAAAGCGGCUUUUGAGGAUUUAAUGUUUUGCCAACACCAUACCGAUCGCAAGAUAGAGAUGUUUUGUGAAGAUCACAGUAAACUUUGCUGUGCUCUAUGUCACUUUCACGAACACAGACAAUGUGCCAAGCUUGUGCUAAUCAAGGAAAAAUCAACAGAGGAGAUUCUUGAUGAGUUUCAUCAAAUAUCUACAACUAUUGCCGAAUGUGAACAAAACCUUGAAACAGCCAUAGGUGACGCAUAUAAUUGGCUGAAAACAUUGCAAGAUUCAUACGAGGAAGCGAAUGGAGAAAUUAAAGAUUUUCGUACCAAAAUAAAUAAUAUCUUCGACGAACUGGAGAAAAAAACUAUCAAUUCACUGGAUGAUAUGUAUGACACAAUAAAGAAAUCUAUUCAGUUAGAACUAGAAACAUGUUCACGGAUUCAAGACGAGUUCAAACGAUUCAAAGAUGUACAUAAAAUAAAAGAAAACCCAUCGAAUGAACUUGUUUUUGUUGCCUACCAAACAUCGUUAGAUAAUAUCUCUCAAGCGAAAAUUAUUUUGAAAGAAAUGGCUGUUAACGCAAAUCCAACCAUUUCAUUUGAAAAUAAUCCUGAUUUUGAACAAUCACUCAUUCGAUUUUCUUCUAUCGGGAAUUUUAAACGAGAAGUCAAACAGUUGAAGAAAUCAACCAAUGAGCUAAUAAAGUGUAGCAACAAAGUUCUGUACAAUGUACGGGUUCCAUCUGAUAGCCGUAAAUGUGACAUACGAAGUAUUUGUGAAUUACCUAAAAGAGAAAUUCUUAUUUUGGACUACGCAAAUAGUCGAGUAAAAUUGUUAAAUAAGCAGUACAAAGUUGUCUCACACGCAGACUUGCCUGAAAGUCCAUAUGAUAUGUGUAGUAUCAGUCCUUCUGAGGUCGCCAUUACGAUUACUGACGGUCAAAAAGGCACAGUCAAAUUCUUAAGUGUCAACAACGGACAGAUAGUGACUGGUCGAACAUUUAGCUUCGAACAUAAGUGUCAUGGCAUUGCACAUGCGGAAGGUCACCUGUACAUAACAUCAGAUACUGUAUUGUACCAAUACACAAUGGAUUGUACUCUUGUGAAGAAGAUCUAUGAAGAUUCAUCAGGUGAAUAUACUGUCUACAAGUGCGCUAUCAGUCCAGAUGGAAGAGAGAUAUAUGUAACCGACUAUAGUCACAACAAACUCCUUAAAUUGUCAAAGGAAGGCACUCUCCAAUCAACAUUGCAAGAUGAUGCGCAUACAAAUCCUAGAGGCGUGCACGUGUCUGAAACAGGCCAGUUGCUGGUCUGUUGGUGUCACACACACACAGUAGCCCAGAUGGAUGGUGAGGGAGGGAUGGUAACGCUCGCCUCAAAUAAGGAUGGUUUACGCGAAACAGAGUCUGUAUAUUACAGUGUACGUACUGGCAAAUUGAUUGUUGGACAUACCUUUGACAGCAUCAUGGUUAUCAGUACCGUAUGAAAAGUACCUUAUGUACAUUAUAUGUGUGUUGCAUUGCAAUAUGUACAAAGAUCCUGAGAGGAGGCGUGUACAUAUAAUUUUUCAACUGAUUGCUCUGAUGAUAGAGUAACUUAUUUAUCUCAUUGAGAACACAUGUAUGCUGAUGUAAUUUCCACUCGUUUUAUCCAAAAACCUUAAUCUCUUUCCAGUAUAAUUCUCUUACAAAUAGAAUACCUCUUUCAAAUACAUUUAAAACAUAAAUAUGACUACUGUAAAACUAUAAUUAUAAAAUAGAGGCAUAUCCUGAAUAGCAUCGCUAUUGAAUAUUGGCAACAAAUAUAAAACAUACAUUUUUUGUAGAUAUCAAGCUACAAUAUAGUUAAAGUAGUAAACAAAUUUUCUCGGCAUACACUUCACCAGUGUUAAACAUUAAUUUUAAAUUAAUUACCAAUUUAACAAAUGAAUAACAAAUUUCAUCGACUGAAACUCAUCUCAUCAACCAUGAUAAGUUCAUGUUUGUUUCAAAAAAAUACUUCCCAUUUUCUAAGAGAGAGGCUAAAAUAAGUUAGUCAAGGUAAAAGUAGUGCUUUGACAAAAGCUAUCUGUCCUGGCAGUGUAUUACUUCUGCGCAGCCGUGUAAUACUUCUAUGCAGCGGUCUUAUACUUCUGCACAGCAGUGUAAUACUUCUACGCAGUGGUCUUAUACUUCUACACAGCUGUCUUAUACUUCUUCGCAGCUGUGUUAUACUUCUAUGCAGCAGUGAAAUACUUACGCAGCGGUGUAAUACUACCAUGAAGCGGUGUACUACUUCUACUACUACUAAGUUAUACUUAUAUGCUGCGGUAUAAUUAUAAUACACAGUGGUGUAGUACUUCUAAGCAGUGGUCUUAUACUUAUAUGCAGCAGUCUUAUACUUCUACGCAUCAGUCUUAUACUUCUACGCAGCUGUGUUUUUCUUCUACACAGCAGUGAAAUACUUUUACACAGCGGUGUAAUACUCCUAUGAAGGGGUUUAAUACUUCUACGCAGCAGUCUUGUACUUCUACGCAGCGGUCUUAUACUUCUACACAGCAGUGUUAUACUUCUACGCAGAGGUGUAAAACUUCUUCAAAGUGAUCUUAUACUUCUAUGCAGCAGUCUUAUACUUCUACGCAGCGGUCUUAUACUUCUACACAGUGGUGUAAUACUUUUAUGCAGUGGUCUUAUACUUCUAAGCAGCGGUCUUAUACUUCUAUGCAGCAGUCUUAUACUUCUAAGCAGCGGUAUAAUACUUCUACUCAGUGGUGCAAUACUUCAACGCAGCGGCCUUAUAAAUCUACCCAGCGGUAUAAUGCUUCUAUGCAUUGCUAUUAUACUUCUACCCAGCUCUGUUAUACUUCGACACAGCGGUUUUAUACUUCUAUGCAGCGGUCUUAUAUUUCUACGCAGCAGUAUAAUACUUCUUACCAGGGUUGUAAUACUUCAACACAAUGGUCUUAUACUUGUACGCAGCAGUCUUAAACUUCUAUGCAGCAGUCUUAUACUUCUGCACAGCUGUGUUAUACUUCUAUGCAGCGGUGUAAUACUACUGCACAUCAGUGUAAUACUUCUACACAGCAGUGAAAUACUUCUACGCAGCGGUCUUAUACGUCUACGCAGCAGUCUUAUACGUUACUUCUACGCAGAUGUCUUAUAGUUCUACACAGCUGUGUUAUACUUCUGUGCAGCAGUUGUUUACUUCUACACAGCGGUGUAAUACUUCAACACAGCGGUGUAAUACUUCUAUGCAGUGGUGUUAUACUUCUACGCAGUGGUGUAAUACUUCUAUGCAGCAGUCUUAUACUUCUAUGCAGCGGUCUUAUACUUCUACACAGCGGUGUAAUACUUCUAUGCAGUAGUCUUAUACUUCUAUGCAGUGGUCUUAUACUUUUACGCAGCAGUCUUAUACUUCCACGCAGCCGUUUUAUACUUCUAUGCAGCGGUCUUAUACUUCUACACAGCGGUCUUAUACUUCUUCGCAGCUGUGUUAUACUACUACCCAGCUGUAUAAUACUUUUAUUUAGCGGUUUAUAUUUCUAUGCAGCUGUCUUAUACUUCUAGGCCGCGGUGUAAUACUUCUACGCAGUGGUAUAAUACUUCUACGCAGCAGUCUUAUACUUCUACAUAGCGGUCUUAUACUUCUUUGCAGCGAUCUUACACUUCUAUGCAGCGGUGUAAUACUCUAUGUGGUGGUGUUAUAUUUCUACGCAGCUGUUAUACUUCUACCCAGCAGUAUUAUACUUUUACACAGCGGUUUAUACUUCGAUGCAGUGGUCUUAUUCUUCUACGUUGCGGUGUAAUACUUCUAUGCAGUGGUAUAGCACUUUUAUGCAGCAGUUAUAUACUUCUAUGCAGCGGUCUUAUAAUUCUACACACGUGUGCAAUACUUCUAAGCAGUGGUUUUAUACUUCUAUACAGCAGUGUAAUACUUCCAUGCAUCAGUGCUAUACUUCUAUGCAGCGGUCUUAUACUUCUACACAGCGGUAUAAUACUUUUAACAAAAUGUAUGCCCUAGUUGGGUUUCCUUGGCGACAACCUCUCUCGCUAUAGAGAAAGUAUUUGAGAAGAAAACAUUUAUUUGUACAGAGGCUAUUGUAUUAUGCAUACAUAUAUCAAUAUCCAUUUUUGUAUGAUUGCUUCGAUAUUGAAGAAUCUAAAAAUUGCUACUAUAAAUCUAAAAGUUGUAAAUAUAAACGGGAAAUACAAAGUAUAGAAUGCUUUUUUGAAAUCAAUUGUCAUUCAUAAUGAUGGUUAAUUAUUAUACUCGGCUUAUUUCAAGAUAUCGUAAAGUAAUCUUGUGUUUUCACCAUUAAAUCGGCUUUGAUCAUGGGAGAUUAAAAUUUCAAAUACUGUUUAAAACUAUUUGCAAUUGAACCCGAUGCCAAUUUAUAAGCAACAUCUGUUAAUGAUAAUGGUCGUAUAUUUUUUCCAAAUAAUCUUUGGAUUGUUGUCUUUUAAAAUAAAAGUUACAAUUAUAUGUUUUUUGUUAUGGACAAGGAGUUUGUACUUUAUGCAUUUGUUAAUAUGAAAUUACCUAGCUUCUUAAAAAAUACCUUAAUAAAUUCAUCUGUAAAUCCUUCAAAAUGGACUUCUGUCAUGUUUCAUAUGUGUUACUGUUAUUAUACCCUCCUUACCAUUGUUUAUGGGGGCUAUAUAGGAGUCACUUUUUCGGUCUGUCUGUCUGUCUGUCCCGAAAUUUCAUCCGAUAUUCACAAAACUUGGUCAAAAGUUGUAUCUAGAUAAUGUCUAGGCCACAUUUGAAUAUGGGUCAUGCUGGGUCAAAAACUAUGUCAUGGGUCACAGUUUGUUUUUAACCGAAAGUUUGUCCGGACCAUAACUAUGUCAUUUAUCGUUAGAUGUAAAAGUGACUUGGCACAUUUGUUCACCAUUAUUGGACGGUGUGUCGCACAAAUUACGUCAAUAUCUCCAAGGCCAAGGUCACACUUCGAGUUCAAAGGUCAAAUGCUUGUCCGGGCCAUAACUUUGUUGUUUAUUUUAAGAUUUUAAAAUCAUUUGACACAUUUAUUCACCAUCAUUGGACGGUGUGUGGCGCGAAAGAAUUACGUCAAUAUCUCCAAGGUCAAGGUCACACUUUGAGUUCAAAGGUCAAAAAUGGCCAUAAAUGAGCUUGUCCGGGCCAUAACUAUGUCUUCCAUUGUGACGUUUUAAAAUCAUUGGGCACAUUUGUUCACCAUCAUUGGACGGUGCAUCUUGCGAAAGAAUUACGUCGAUAUCCCCAAUCUUAAGGUCACACUUUUGAGUUCAAAGGUAAAAAAUGGCCAUAAAUGAGCUUGUCCGGGCCAUAGGCACAUUACUAUGUCCUUCAUUGUGAGAUUUAAAAAUCAUUUAGCAUGUUUGUUCACCAUCAUUGGACGGUGUGUCUCGGGAAAGAAUUACGUCGAUAUCUCCAAGGUCAAGGUCACACUUCGAGUUCAAAGGUCAAAAAUGGCCAUAAAUGAGCUUGUCCGGGCCAUAACUAUGUUGUUCAUUGUGAAAUUUUAAAAUCAUUUGGCACAUUUGUUCACCAUCAUUGGACAGUGUGUUGUGAGAAAGAAUAACGUCGAUAUCUCCAAGGUCAAGGUCACACUUUGAGUUCAAAGGUCAAAAAUGACCAUAAAUGAGCUAGUCCGGGCCAUAACUAUGUCCUUUAUUGUGAGAUUUAAAAAUCAUUUGGCUCUUUGUUCACAGUCAUUGGACAGCGUGUUAUGUGAAAGAAUUCAAGGGUCUAAUGGCUAUAAAUGAUAAUGGCAUAAUAAUUCUUAAAAAUCGCCAUAAAUUAGAUUCUCUUGUUUUGGGAAGACAGCAUGCAAAAUAGUCUGUGUCAAUGCUGCAUGUGGGGGUAUACGUCACGUCUGUGACAAAGCUCUAGUUGCUACUUAUACAAUAUUAAGCGGUCGGUCUAAUAAAUCAGAGAGAAUUUUAUAUCAUUUUGGCAUUUAAACGUUACAAAAAUAUAACAAUAUAUAUUAUAUGCAACUUUGCUAUUAUUUAAUUAAAAAUGACAAUCAUAGAAUAUAACGAUGUCGCGCAGAAAUACACCAAUGGCUAUAAAGUUGAUAAAAGUAAUUUCAUUUAAUUUGUUUUAAAUGGAAUGAAAUAAUUUCAUAUGCAAUACAUUUUACUUAUAUAUACCACCUGGAGUUCUUAAUAUAUUAUUGUUUAUAUAUAUGUAUUAAACGGAAAUAUACCACAACAUAUUUCAAGUCUUUAGGUCGUUUAAAGUUGCAGUAUACAAAUACAUGUAUGUAUUGUGUGUUAAAAACAAUUGAAUUCAACAUUACGUUUACAUAUUAGCAAGACUAUAACAAAUACUUCUACUUCCACUUAAGUGUUAAAAUGUCGCUAGAAUUCUUUGUUUAUUUUUAAUUUGAACACCUUAACAUUCAAAUGUUUGUAAAUUUCUGUUGCAAAGAAGGCUAAUGGUGUCAAAUUUACCAUUGUAAAACUGUGUCAUGUGCGUGUAUGAUGUGAAACACUUAUCUGGUUAGUCUGAACUAUCAAAACAAACAAUGCAAUUUAACCAUUAAAUAUUUUAAUGUUUUAUGAAAUAAACAAAUCUCCACAAUACAUUCCAACUGAUAAUACGAAUCAAUAACACAAUAUUUACAAAUAAGUAACUAACCAAAAGGCAAAAUAAAGAAACAAAACCCUAUGGUCUGUCACCAAUAGCACAACAUGACAAAAGCUUAAUAUUUAUAUUCCAUAUAGACCUUGUUAAGGGAAAACUGGGCUUAAUGCACUUUCGUAAAGUGUCGUCCCAGUCUGUGCAGGAUAAUCAGGGACGACAUUUUUGCAUAUUUUUUUUUCUGUUUAGAUGAGACUUUCUAAAAACAUUAAAUUCCUGUUACGACUACACAUGCGAAUCUGGGACAACACUUAACGCACAAGCAUCAGGCAACAUAUUCUUAAAACGAGACUCAUUUUAUGUUACAUUCCAGCUAAAACACCUUUAAAAAAGAUCGUGUUCCUUUAAAAAGACAGAGCAAAUGACAUAAUAAGCGAAAAUGCCAAAACAAUCAACACACAGUCUGUUAAAACAAGAAAAGAAACAGCAAAGUGAUCGUUGUAUUGUUCAACCUUUGAGAAACAUAUCAGGUUAUAUGUUUGAACUAUACUUUUAAAUAAUAUUUUUUCUUAUUGUAUCGAAAAAAAAAACUUUUUUGAAAAUUUCUGUAAACAUAAAUGAGUCUCUACAUAUAUCAGAACAGGCUGAUCAGGGACAACACUUACCGCUUUUACACAAUUUUUCGAUGUAACAUCAUUUGGAAACAAAAAUCCAGUCUAGGUGGAAAGUGUCAUCCCUGAUGAGCCUUGCAGAAUGCCCAGGCUAAUCUGGGAUGAUAAUUUACACACAUGCAUUAACCCUUAUAUUUAAGGCUCACAUGCUUUUAAUCUUGUGUACAGCAUAGGAUCAUUUACACACA